AUGUUUCUCGAACAGUCCAUAAUCUCUCCAACAGGCUCUACAGCCCCCGGAGACCCCACCACCCCGGCCGCUACCAACUAUCCCCAUACCCAUACCCCCAACCCCAACCCCUCCGCUGCCAGUUCACCCGAAACAACCGACGACCCCGAGACCUGCGCGCUAACCCCCCCACCCACCACCUCCACCCGCUUCACCGCCCUCCUCUCCACCAACGCCGCCUCCCUCACCCUCGCACGUCACUCGCGCACUGGUCUAACCACCCACCUCCACACCCUCACCGCGCAAAAAGACGCCCUCCUCCACAAGCUGCAAGACACCAUGACAACCCCCACCCCCCACUACACCGCCACCUCCUACGACGACGGCCUCAUGGCCACCCACUCCCUCCUCACCGCGUGCCGCGAGGCAGAGUCAGACCUCGCAUACAACUGGCUGGAGCUGUACCAGCUGCGCUCGCAGCGGGCGGCGCUACUCGCUGCGAGAGAGGCGGAGAUACAGCGGCUGCAGAAGUUGAUUGAGGAGGGAGAGAGGGAGGUGAGGAUGUUGAACGGGAUUGUGGGGGUGCUUGGGUGCCGGUGGCCGGGGGCGCCGGUGGAGGUGAGGUAUGAGGGGAUUUAUGGGGGGAGGUGGAGGAGGGGAUGGUAA